AUGUCUUCAAAGGAAGGUAAGCCUCUCGUGGCGCUCAUAGGCACGCUCGAUACCAAGAAAGCCGAGUAUCAAUUUGCGACCUCUUGGCUGGAACGACAUGGCUGCAACGUCGCCGUGUUGGACGUCAGCACUCAAACGCCGCUGGAAGGACCUUCCUCCUUCGAUCUAGGAGAAGGCUCUAAGCUGUAUCGCCCCAAGCAGCUGCUCGAGCUCCGUUCGGAUGGUAAAGGCACUGACGUCCCUUCGGAGCGCUCAGCGGUGCGAGGUGCACUCCACGCUGCAUGCCUCCACGAGCUGUCACUACUUGAGUCAGACGGACAGCUCGACGCGAUCGCCUCGUUUGGCGGCAGUCAGAACACCGCCUUUGCCACCUCCAUCAUGCGAGAUGCCACUUUCCCCAUCGGCCUGCCCAAAUUCGUACUCACAACAAUGGCGAGUGGCGACGUCAGCGAGUACCUCGGUGAAAGCGAUAUCUGCAUCAUGCCCUCGAUAGGCGAUAUCUCCGGCUCGCUCAACGCCAUCACCUUGACCACGCUCCAGUCGGCUCUAGCCGCCAUCUCUGGUAUGGCCCACGUGCGGCACAGCUCGAGACAGCGAUCGCAAUCUGCAGAGAAUCCAAUGUCGUCGACGACCGACAUGCGCGACCACGACCACAAACCGAUGAUAGCCAUCAGCAUGUUUGGCGUCACUACAGUGGCGGUCAACCAGAUUUCCGAACUGAUCAAGCAAAAAGGGUACGAGCCGGUCGCCUUCCAUGCAACAGGCUCUGGAGGUCGCAGCAUGGAGCGUCUCAUCCGCGAAGGCUACUUUGCUGCUGUGAUUGAUCUGACCACCACCGAGAUCUGCGACUAUCUCUAUGACGGCGUGCUCUCCGCCGGUCCCGAUCGCCUGACCGCAGCCGCUGAGCGAGGUGUGCCUCAAAUCGUGUCAGUGGGCGCGCUAGAUAUGAUCAAUUUCGGCUCGUUGUCGUCCUUGCCGUCGCGUUACCAGCUUAAUCCUGUCGCCGACGAUGGUCCCCUGCAUCACACGAUGCAAGGCACGCCGGUAUACGAGCACAAUAGCCAGGUGACGUUGGUGCGCACGUCAGCGGAACAUUGCAAGGAGCUCGGGGAGUAUCUAGUAAGUAACCUGCUCAAGGGUCUCGAACGAUUGAAACAAGGUCAGAAAGCAGCGCCGAUCCGAAUUCUGUUCCCCAAAGGCGGUAUCUCGGCGAUGGACGGCGCAGAAGGUGUGUGGGAUGACGCAGAAGCCAGGGAGGUUCUUCUUGAGAGCAUCAAAGCGACGCUAGAUCGCACCGAAAACGCUUUCAUCUCUAUUGAGGCGUAUGACUAUCACAUCAACAGCGCCGACUUUGCAAAGCUCGUCGCCGAUGAGGCUGUUCGCCUUGUAUCGCCACAGUGA